GGCGGGCGGACCGGCAGGCGGGCGGGGACGCGGCGGGGAGCGAAGAGAGGCGCGAGGCGGCAGACACCACUGGCCCUGGUUCUGCCACCCGCCGGAGACGGGGCGGCCCUGGGGUUCUGAUACACACCCUCCUGCUCCUGGCGCCCCCAGAACCAGGCAUCCCUCUCCCAUCUUCCGUCGGAGCCCGCAGCGGGGGAGGGGCGCCUCCGCCUCCGCCUCCGUCCGUGGAAGCCGGCACCUGGGCCUCUGCUCGCCUCGCCCUGCGGCCGGGCCCAUGGCACUGUGAGCCGGCGAGGGAGCCCCGCUCGGCGCGGGGGGCGCCCGGCCCCCUCCCCGCCCCAUGCGCCGGCGGCUCUGAAGCCUGAGGGGGGCCGGGGGCCGGGCGGGGCCGGGGCCGCCGGAGGCAUGGCGCCCGGGAACCCGUGGCGGCCGCCGUCGCUGCCGCUGCUGCUGCUGCUGACGCUGGCGGCGGUUGCGGGCGGCCUGGAGUUUGGCGGCGGCCCCGGGCAGUGGGCGCGCUACGCGCGCUGGGCCGGAGCGGCGAGCAGCGGCGAGCUCAGCUUCAGCGUGCGCACCAACGCUACUCGCGCGCUGCUGCUCUACCUGGACGACGGCGGCGACUGCGACUUCCUGGAGCUGCUGCUGGUGGAAGGGCGCCUGCGGUUGCGCUUCACGCUCUCGUGCGCCGAGCCCGCCACGCUGCAGCUGGACACGCUGGUGGCCGACGACCGCUGGCACAUGGUGCUGCUGACCCGCGACGCGCGCCGCACGGCCCUGGCGGUGGACGGCGAGGCCCGCGCCGCCGAGGUGCGCUCGAAGCGGCGCGAGAUGCAGGUGGCCAGCGACCUGUUCGUGGGAGGCAUCCCACCCGACGUGCGACUCUCGGCGCUCACGCUCAGCACCGUCAAGUACGAGCCGCCCUUCAGCGGCCUCCUGGCCAACCUGAAGCUGGGCGAGCGGCCCCCCGCGCUGCUGGGCAGCCAGGGCCUGCGCGGCGCCGCAGCCGACCCGCUGUGCGCGCCAGCGCGCAACCCCUGUGCCAACGGCGGCCUCUGCACCAUGCUGGCUCCCGGCGAGGUGGGCUGCGACUGCAGCCACACGGGCUUCGGCGGCAAGUUCUGCAGUGAAGAGGAGCACCCCAUGGAAGGUCCGGCUCACCUGACGUUAAACAGCGAAGUAGGGUCCUUACUGUUCUCCGAGGGGGGGGCCGGGAGAGGAGGAGCCAGCGAUGUGCACCAGCCGACAAAAGGCAAGGAGGAGUUUGUGGCGACCUUCAAAGGCAAUGAGUUCUUCUGCUAUGACCUGUCACACAACCCGAUCCAGAGCAGCACGGACGAGAUCACACUGGCCUUCCGCACCCUGCAGCGCAACGGGCUGAUGCUGCACACGGGCAAGUCGGCCGACUAUGUCAACCUGUCCCUCAAAUCUGGGGCCGUCUGGCUCGUCAUCAACCUGGGCUCGGGAGCCUUUGAGGCCCUUGUGGAACCCGUCAACGGCAAGUUCAACGACAACGCCUGGCACGACGUCCGGGUCACUCGAAACCUGCGCCAGCACGCAGGCAUUGGACACGCUAUGGUAAACAAACUGCAUUAUCUGGUGACCAUCUCAGUGGACGGGAUCCUGACCACCACAGGCUACACGCAGGAGGAUUACACCAUGCUGGGCUCUGACGACUUCUUCUACAUUGGGGGCAGCCCCAACACGGCAGACCUGCCGGGCUCGCCCGUCAGCAACAACUUCAUGGGCUGCCUCAAGGAUGUGGUCUAUAAGAAUAAUGACUUCAAGCUGGAGCUAUCCCGCCUGGCAAAGGAAGGAGACCCCAAGAUGAAGCUGCAGGGGGACCUGUCAUUCCGCUGUGAGGAUGUGGCUGCCCUGGACCCUGUGACCUUCGAGAGCCCCGAGGCCUUUGUGGCGCUGCCCCGCUGGAGCGCCAAGCGCACCGGCUCGAUCUCGCUAGACUUCCGCACCACUGAGCCCAACGGGCUGCUGCUCUUCAGCCAGGGCCGGCGGGCCGGGGCCGGGGCCGGGGCCGGCAGCCACAGCGCUGCCCAGCGGGCUGACUACUUUGCCAUGGAGCUGUUGGACGGCUACCUCUACCUUCUGCUGGACAUGGGGUCUGGGGGCAUCAAGCUGCGGGCGUCCAGCCGCAAGGUCAACGACGGCGAGUGGUGCCACGUGGACUUCCAGAGGGACGGGCGCAAAGGCUCCAUCUCGGUCAACAGCCGCAGCACGCCAUUCUUGGCCACCGGGGAGAGCGAGAUUCUGGACCUGGAGAGCGAGCUGUACCUGGGCGGCCUACCUGAAGGCGGGCGGGUGAACCUGCCCCUGCCCCCGGAGGUGUGGACGGCGGCGCUCCGGGCUGGCUACGUGGGCUGCGUGCGGGACCUCUUCAUAGACGGGCGUAGCCGAGACCUCCGGGGCCUGGCUGAGGCGCAGGGGGCUGUGGGCGUCGCCCCCUUCUGCUCCCGGGAGACGCUGAAGCAGUGUACCUCCGCUCCCUGCCGCAAUGGCGGCGUCUGUCGAGAGGGCUGGAACCGCUUCGUCUGUGACUGCGUCGGGACCGGCUUUCUGGGGCGGGUCUGUGAGAGAGAGGCCACGGUCCUGAGCUACGAUGGCUCCAUGUACAUGAAGAUCAUGCUGCCCAACGCCAUGCACACGGAGGCGGAGGACGUGUCUCUGCGCUUCAUGUCCCAGCGGGCCUACGGGCUCAUGAUGGCCACCACCUCCAGGGAGUCAGCUGACACCCUGCGCCUGGAGCUGGACGGGGGCCAGAUGAAGCUCACCGUCAACCUCGACUGCCUGCGCGUCGGCUGCGCACCCAGUGCCGCAGGUAAAGGCCCCGAGACGCUCUUUGCGGGGCACAAGCUCAAUGACAAUGAGUGGCACACGGUGAGGGUGGUGCGGCGUGGCAAGAGCCUGCAGCUGUCAGUGGACAACGUGACCGUGGAGGGACAGAUGGCAGGAGCUCACACGCGGCUGGAGUUCCACAACAUUGAGACAGGCAUCAUGACGGAGCGGCGUUUCAUCUCUGUGGUGCCCUCCAACUUCAUCGGGCACCUGAGCGGGCUGGUGUUCAAUGGCCAGCCCUACAUGGACCAGUGCAAGGACGGCGACAUCACCUACUGCGAGCUCAAUGCUCGCUUUGGCCUGCGUGCCAUCGUGGCUGACCCCGUCACCUUCAAGAGUCGCAGCAGCUACCUGGCACUCGCCACGCUCCAAGCCUACGCCUCCAUGCACCUCUUCUUCCAGUUCAAGACUACAGCCCCCGAUGGGCUCCUCCUGUUCAACUCGGGCAACGGCAACGACUUCAUUGUCAUCGAGCUGGUCAAGGGGUACAUCCACUACGUGUUUGACCUGGGGAAUGGCCCGUCCUUGAUGAAGGGGAACUCAGACAAACCAGUCAAUGACAACCAGUGGCACAACGUGGUGGUGUCCAGGGACCCCGGCAACGUGCACACGCUCCAGAUUGACUCCCGCACUGUCACUCAGCACUCCAAUGGCGCCCGAAACCUCGAUCUCAAAGGGGAGUUGUACAUUGGUGGUCUGAGCAAGAAUAUGUUCAACAACCUGCCCAAACUGGUGGCCUCCCGGGAUGGCUUUCAGGGCUGCCUGGCCUCGGUGGACCUCAACGGGCGCCUCCCCGACCUCAUCGCUGACGCCCUGCACCGCAUCGGGCAGGUGGAGAGGGGCUGUGACGGCCCCAGCACCACCUGCACCGAAGAGUCUUGUGCCAACCAGGGCGUCUGCCUACAGCAGUGGGAUGGCUUCACCUGCGACUGCACCAUGACCUCCUACGGAGGCCCCGUCUGCAACGACCCCGGGACCACAUACAUCUUUGGGAAGGGGGGAGCGCUCAUCACCUACACAUGGCCCCCCAAUGACCGGCCGAGCACGAGGAUGGACCGCCUGGCCGUGGGCUUCAGCACGCACCAGCGGAGCGCCGUGCUGGUGCGAGUGGACAGUGCCUCCGGCCUCGGGGACUACCUGCAGCUGCACAUCGACCAGGGCACCGUGGGGGUGAUCUUUAACGUGGGCACGGACGACAUUACCAUCGAUGAGCCCAACGCCAUCGUGAGCGACGGCAAAUACCACGUGGUGCGCUUCACUCGAAGCGGCGGCAAUGCUACCUUGCAGGUGGACAGCUGGCCGGUCAAUGAGCGGUACCCGGCAGGAAACUUUGAUAACGAGCGCCUGGCGAUUGCUAGACAGAGAAUCCCCUACCGGCUUGGUCGAGUAGUAGAUGAAUGGCUGCUCGACAAAGGCCGCCAGCUGACCAUCUUCAACAGCCAGGCUGCCAUCAAGAUUGGGGGCCGGGAUCAGGGCCGCCCUUUCCAGGGCCAGGUGUCCGGCCUCUACUACAAUGGGCUCAAGGUGCUGGCGCUGGCCGCCGAGAGCGACCCCAAUGUGCGGACCGAGGGCCACCUGCGCCUGGUGGGGGAGGGGCCGUCCGUGCUGCUCAGCGCGGAGACCACGGCCACCACCCUGCUGGCCGACAUGGCUACCACCAUCAUGGAGACCACCACCACCAUGGCCACUACCACCACGCGCCGGGGCCGCUCCCCCACGCUGAGGGACAGCACCACCCAGAACACAGAUGACCUCCUGGUGGCCUCGGCCGAGUGUCCGAGCGAUGACGAGGACCUGGAGGAGUGUGAGCCCAGUACUGGAGGAGAGUUAAUAUUGCCCAUUAUCACGGAGGACUCCUUAGACCCCCCUCCCGUGGCCACCCGAUCCCCCUUCGUGCCCCCACCCCCCACCUUCUACCCCUUCCUCACGGGCGUGGGUGCCACCCAAGACACCCUGCCCCCGCCCGCGGCCCGCCGCCCGCCCGUCGGGGGCCCAUGCCAGGCCGAGCAGGACGACAGCGACUGCGAGGAGCCUAUCGAGGCCUCGGGCUUUGCCUCCGGGGAGGUCUUUGACUCCAGCCUCCCCCCCACGGACGACGAGGACUUUUACACCACCUUUCCCCUGGUCACGGACCGCACCACCCUCCUCUCCCCCCGCAAACCCGCUCCCCGGCCCAACCUCAGGACAGAUGGGGCCACGGGCGCCCCUGGGGUGCUGCUCGCCCCCUCCGCCCCGGCCCCCAACCUGCCAGCGGGCAAAAUGAACCACCGAGACCCGCUGCAGCCCCUGCUGGAGAACCCACCCCUGGGGCCCGGGGCCCCCACGUCCUUCGAGCCGCGGAGGCCCCCUCCCCUGCGCCCUGGCGUGACCUCCGCCCCCGGCUUCCCCCAUCUGCCCACAGCCAACCCCACGGGGCCUGGGGAGCGGGGCCCGCCGGGCGCAGUGGAGGUGAUCCGGGAGUCCAGCAGCACCACGGGCAUGGUGGUGGGCAUCGUGGCGGCCGCGGCGCUCUGCAUCCUCAUCCUCCUCUACGCCAUGUACAAGUACCGCAACCGCGACGAGGGCUCCUACCAGGUGGACCAGAGCCGGAACUACAUCAGUAACUCGGCCCAGAGCAACGGGGCGGUGGUGAAAGAGAAGGCCCCGGCUGCCCCCAAGACGCCCAGCAAGGCCAAGAAGAACAAAGACAAGGAGUAUUACGUCUGAGCCCCCCGGCACCGCGCCCCACUGCCAGCUGCCCCUCCCGGGAGGGCCCGAGAGGAGGGUGCGGCCCUCUCCCUGCCGGGGCCCUGGGGACCCACUCCCUGGCUGCCUCAGACUUCUCCCACGAAGAGGAAACGCAAAAAAAUGAAAAAAAAAAAAAAAAAAGGAAAACCCCGUGCUCGUCCCCUUCCUCCUGCCGUCCGUCCGGCGCGGAGUCAUCGUGCGUCCUGGGGCUGUCUGUCCCUCUCAGCUCUGCGCCCAUCGGGCAGGGCACGUGCUCACAGCCCUGGGUUGAUUUAUUUUUUUAAGGGGGGUAGUUUUAUUUUGGUGGGGUUGGGAGGGAAGGAAGACUGGGGGUUUUGUACAGUGUCAACUACUCGUCCUGUUCAUUUUCCUCCAUUUUUCUUCCUCCUCCUUCUGUUCCCCCAGCCUUCCUUCUCUUCCCAAGCCCUCCAGUCCCCACCCCAGGCUUGCUGUGUCUCUCUGUCCCCACCCUCCUUCCCCACUUCUCCUUUUUGUGUGUGUCUGGUUUCCCCCUUCCUUUCCUCCCUUUGGGUUUCCAGAGUCGGUGGGAGAAGGGCGGGAGGGUGGGCGGAGCGUCCCAGCGGGGGCGGGGCCGGGAUGGCCCCGAGAGCCAUGGCUCCGCCCACCAGGAGGAGGCGCCUGCCUGGUUCCGCCCAGGGAAGGGGCUCGGGCCUGGGAAGACCUGUUCU